AUGAAUUCUUUAAUUAUUCUACAAUUAUUAUUAUUAUUAUUAUCAUCAUCAUUAUAUACUACUGAUAAUAAACUAAAAAUAUGUAAUUUUAAUAUACCAAAUAUCAAAACUAAUAAACUAUGUAAUAUUGAACGUAUAAAAAAAGCUGGUAAACGACAUCAAUUUUUAUUAUUUAAUUUAAAUGAAAUGUAUAUUACAUUUCAUUUAUAUUGUCCAAUAUGUUUAAAUGAAAGAAUUAAUUUAUUUGAAUGGUAUUAUAUACCACAUUAUAAACAUUCUAUAUUAUUUAUUAAAUCUAAUAAAACAUUAUAUGAAAGUGAUAUUAUGCUUAAUAAUAAAUUAUUAAAAAAACUUAAACAAGAUACAUUCAAUAAUCUUUGUAUUAAUAAGUUAAAUUUACAAUUAAUUGGACAAAAUAUUAAUGCAAAUAAAUAUUUAGGAACAUAUGUAUGUCAAUAUAGAAAAGAUAAAAUGCAUCCAUCUAAUUUUAUUUGGUAUCAUUUAUAUAAAAUUGGUUCAUUAAAACAAUAUUCAAAAUUAAUAAAUCUAUCAAAUAUACAACAAAUAUAUCAAUUAAAUAAUCAAAUAAAUAUUAUAUUUAAAAGAGAUGAAGAAGAAAAUAAAGUUAGAAAUGAUUGUGAUAAAAUACAAUUUAAUCAUCCAUAUAGACGUUGUUAUUUGAAAAUACCACGAUUUGAAUUAGAAUUCAAAGAAAUGAUCAAGUAUCAUGACAACAACAACACCACCAUCACCACCACCACCAAUAGCAACAACAACAACAACAACAGUAAUGAUUAUGAAAUGAUAGAAAUUAUUAAAAUAUUAAGAUUAUCAUUUGAAUAUUUUACAAAAUUAUAUGAUUCUAAAUUAAAUGGUUCUAAACAAUUAGCUAUAAAUAAAGCUAAACGUUUAGGUUUUAAAUUAUAUAUUGAUAAUUAUUUUAUUUAUAUACCAUGUGAAUAUGAAUUAUUACAGCAUAUAUGGAUAACAAUAAAUGAUAAAUUCUUACUUACUAGUAAAUAUAAAGAAAUUCAUAAUGAAAUAAUAUGCAAUCCAAUUUAUUCAAUUAUUCAAUGGAUUAAUUUAAAUAAACAAAUAAAUCAAAUGAAUAAAACAAAAACUUUUCUUAUUAAAACUAUACAACAGAAUUCUUAUCAUUUAAUAAUGAAAUAUGAUUCAAAUAUAAUAAAACAAUUAAAAUGUAUAAAUUUAAUGAAUUCUAAUAUAUUUUGGUUAUUAUUAAAUAAUAACAAUCAUAAUUAUACAAUAAAUAAAGAAAAAAUAAAUUUACCUGAUAUUAGAAAUAAUUGUAAUUUGAAAUUUGGAAUUGUUCUUAAUACUAAUAAUGGUACAUAUGAUUGUUGUCAUGGGAGAAAUUCAACUUUUAAUCUGAUGAUGAUGAUGAUGAUUAAUAAAGGAAAUAACAUCAUUAUUGGUAUAAUUAUUUUAACUAUAUGGUUAUUGAUAUCAAUAAUUAUUUGGGUACUUUUUCUUUGUUGUAUAAACUAUAUGAACAAAACAUUGAGUUGAAUGAGUACUUUUUGAAACUGUUACUUAAUUACACCUGUUACUCUUAAUGGAGCAUAGGCCGCUGACCAGCAUUCUCCAACUCAUUCUGUCCUUUUGAAACUGUACACAACAAUAAAUAUAUAUAUUUAAAUUGGA